GUUUGCUUCUUCUUCUCUGUAACUCCCAAAACCCUCUCUCUCUCUCUCUCUCUCUCUCUCGAGAUGGAGUCGCUUGCUAAGCUGCAUCAUCCUCACCAGCCCCUCCAUCUAUCACUCAAUCCUCACCGUCCAUCUUUCCCAAAGCCCAUCAUUUCCCCUCUCAGGGCCCCACCUCCGCCUCCCCUCAGGUCCCUCUCCAUCAGAGCCUCCUCCUCCUCUCAAAACCCCAAACCCUCACAACUCCUCAAAACCGCUACCGUCGCCGCCUCCACCGCCGUCGCAGCCACCGCCUUCUUCCUCUCGCGCUUCCACCUCAGAGCCGCCGUCGCCGCCCCAGUCGCUCCGCCGCCGCCCACGGAGGAGCGCGUCGAGGAAUCGUCCGAGAACGACGCGCAGGAGAGAGCUUCCGAGGAGCAAGUGAGCCGCGAUCCCGACGACGCCGAAGCGCUCCGGUCGCUCAUGGAGGCGAAGAUCAAGGCGAACAAGCUUGACGAGGCGGUCCAGGUCCUGGACCGGCUGAUCGAGCUCGAACCGGAGGACCUCGAAUGGCCGCUGCUCAAAGCCAACAUCCAUAGCCACAACGGAGAACUAGAGCUCGCAGAAAGUGAAUUCGAGGCGAUUCUUGAGAAAGAUCCUCUCCGCGUCGAAGCUUACCACGGCCUGGUAAUGGCGGCCUCGCAAUCGGGAGAGAAACUGAAUGGCAUGGUGAGGAGAGUCGAGGAGGCGAUGAAGAGGUGCGAGAAGCAGAGGAACAAGUCGGAAGCUAGGGAUUUCAAGCUCCUGAUCGCGCAAAUUAAGGUUAUGGAGUCGAAUUACUCGGACGCUCUGAAGCUUUAUCAGGAGCUGGCCAAGGACGAGCCUAGGGAUUUCAGGCCUUACCUUUGCCAAGGAAUCAUAUACACUCUGCUGAGGAAGAAGAACGAAGCCGAGAAACAGUUCGACAAGUUCCGGCGACUCGUUCCGAAGAACCAUCCGUACAGAGAGUAUUUCGACGACAACAUGUUCGCCACAAAGCUUUUCGCACAGCAUGUCGAUAGGGCGAAGGAUGGCGUUUGAAUUUUCUGGUUCUCCAUUGAGAUGACAUGCUGAAGCCAGCAAUCAGCUGGAUUACCAAUGAGCAAGUUCAAAGCUGUGGCAAAAACAUCAAAAAUUGAAGACUUUCAGCUCUCGCGAAGGUUUCUCUAAUCGGAACUUGUCAAUCUUUGAGGUGCGGAUGUUUUAUCUUUAAUGGAAAAAUGCUUAGAGAAGAAUUUAUGUUAUAUAAGAAUUGGGAGAUCAGAGCCUUGUGAGGUGGCCAGUUGAACAUUUCUGAAUUAGAAGUCUGAUGCUACCUAUUUUAAAGAUUUCAUUUGAUCAUUGGUAAUUUCCUCUGCAACUUGGAGUUGGGAUGGACAAUCUGACGCCAUUGAUACCGAUUGGUAGUCCUGUCAAGCAUGGCUGAAACAUAGGAAGAGCAAGAGGGAAAUAAAAACAGGAAAUAUAUAGUCGAUUUACUCUGUUUUAUGCAUAUAAGAAAAGAGGUAUCUGUUUCUGAAGGAACCAAAUGAUCUCUG